GCGAAGCCCGCCGGAGGAGCCGCGGUGCGCUCUGGGCCGGCGCCUCUUGCCUCUCCUCACCCCAAACCGCCGGGUUUCACCCCCCCAAAAACCCACCCGCGACCCCCCACCCCGGGAACCCCCCCCGCGUGUGCCCAUCGCCCCCACACGCAGCCCCCCGAAAUGCUGGCGCUGCCGCCGGCGCUCACGGAGGAAGAGGAGGCGCUGCAGAAGCGCUUCGCCAAGCUCAGGAAGAAGAAAAAGGCGCUGCUGGCGCUGAAGAAGCAGCAGAGCUCCUCGGGCCAGAGCAGCCAGGGGGGCAUCAAACGCUCCAUGUCAGACCAGCCCCCUGUGGACACAGCCACGGCCACGGAGCAGGCGAAGCUCCUGGUCAAAUCCGGCGCCAUCAGCGCCAUCAAAGCUGAGAACAAGAACUCGGGCUUCAAACGCUCCAGGACGCUGGAGGGGAAGCUCAAGGACCCCGAGAAGGGCCCCACCCCCACUUUCCAGCCCUUCCAGCGCAGCAUCUCGGCCGACGACGACUCCCAGGAGUCACGCCGCCCUCAGCGCAAAUCCCUCUACGAGAGUUUCGUCAGUGCCAGCGAGCGGCUGCGGGAGCCUGAGGGGGGGGGCGGCCGUGGGGACCCCCCUGAGCGAGGGGAGCGCCGCCUGGAGUGGGAAACUGAGGCAGAGGGAGACGACAGAGGCCGGGACAGGGACAGAGACAGGGACAGGGACAGGGAGGGGGGCUUCAGAAGGUCCGACUCGUUCCCCGAGCGCCGCCCCCCGCGCAAGGGCAACACCCUGUACGUGGCGGGGCCGGAGCUGAGCCCCGAGCUGCUGCGCGGAGCCUUCGGCCCCUUCGGAGCCAUCAUCGACCUGGCCAUGGACAGCCCCCGCAACUGCGCCUUCGUCACCUUUGAGAAGAUGGAAUCAGCAGAUCAGGCCAUGGCCGAGCUGAACGGGGCCGUGGUGCAGGACGUGCAGCUCCGCGUGAGCAUCGCCCGCAAGCAGCCGCUGCUGGACGCCGCCACGGGGAAGUCGCUCUGGGGGUCUCUGGCCGUGAAGAACAGCGCCAAAGGUUCCCACCGCGACAAGCGCUCGCAGGUCGUCUACAACGAGGAUCUUUUUGGGGGGCAAUAA